GGAGCAGGAUCGGGAUUAUCCCAACCCCGGAAAGGCUCGGGGGAGGGCCGUGCCCGUGCAGAGACAUGGCGGCGGCCGCGGAGGAGGUUGCUUCAGGAAGUUUAUAUGGUUUAUGAAAGCUGYGGUGUCAGGGAGAUAACUUUUCUUCCUGAAGAGAGGACUUAGGAUGACUGUGGUGCAUCGUCUGGCUGCAGGAUGGCUCGUGGAUCAUCUCUCUUUCAUCAACCAGUGUGGCUAUGAGAUCUGUGACUCCUUUGCACAYCAUGGUGGUGUCACUUGCAAUACUUCUGUCACAUCUACUGAAGACUGUCACAGUAUUUCYACUUUUGCUGCCACCCCCUCAUCAAUUGCUAGUCCUACUUAUGGUCCUGGAGAUGCCAUAGAAACAGAAGGUAAAACAACAAAAAUCAGAUACGUGUUUCGGGAGGAGUUUUUUGAUAUUUUUAAGCCCCACAUAGCUGCAGCCCCYGAGGAGCAGCUGUGUCAGGGAUGCCCUGAGGUGAGUCUGACAGAAAUAAAGGCCAACAGCAACRGAGAGGAAUACCAAGAAGGAGCAAAGAGUGGCAGUGGAGAUUCUGUUGCCACUGCUAGGAAGAAAAGGAAAAGGAAAUGUGUAUUCAACCAAGGUGAACUGGAUGCUCUGGAAUACCAUUCAAAGGUGAGGAAGCUCAUUUGGGAAGGCACUUUCCAUUUAGUCCAAGAAGGACUCAAAAGUGGUUUUCUUCRCCAUGCUACUGCUAAACACAGCUGCAAUAAGAAUAAUGUUCCUCAACAUGUUGUCUGUGGAUUGGCUGAAUUAUGUGAAAUGGCAAAGCAGUUUCCAGCUUUAAAUGGAAGUGACCAUCAAGCUGUACAUGUGCUAGAGGAUGAAACCUCCAGUUCAGAGCAGGACCUGCUUUCAUGUGUUACAGAAAACAACUCAAACUGUGCAAAGAUAAUUGUGCUAAUGGGGCAGAAAUACUUGGUACCACCAAAAAGCAGUUUCCUUUUAUCUGAUAUUUCAUGUUUACAGCCCCUGCUGAACUAUGAGAAAAAAUAUGGUGUAAUUGUGAUUGACCCACCGUGGGAGAACAAGUCUGUUAAAAGGAGUAACAGGUACAGCCACUUGUCUUCAUGGCAAAUCAAGCAAAUUCCUGUACCAGCACUAGCUGCUCCAAAUUGUCUUGUAGUCAUGUGGGUGACUAAUAGACARAAGCACUUACGCUUUGUUAAGGAUGAACUUUAUCCUCAUUGGUCAGUGAAGACACUUGCUGAGUGGCACUGGGUAAAAAUUACUAGAGCAGGAGAAUUUGUAUUGCCUUUGGAGUCUUUGCACAAAAAACCCUAUGAAGUUCUUGUAUUGGGAAGAGUUCAAGGAGAUGUAAAGGAAACUUUAAGGAAAUCUGAAAGUGUUCUUCCAAUUCCAGAGCAUAAGUUAAUUGUCAGCAUACCCUGCAGUCUACAUUCACAUAAACCUCCUCUUGCUGCCGUUCUGGCAGAGUUUAUCAAGCCAGAUGUGGAAUGCUUGGAGUUGUUUGCACGCAACCUACAGCCUGGCUGGACCAGCUGGGGAAAUGAGGUCUUGAAGUUUCAGCACAUUGAUUAUUUCACUCUUCUGCAGAAUGAAAACUGAGCUGGGUCUUACAUAUCUAUAUCUUCUGAAAUUCCACACCUUCCCAGGGGACUCUUGAGCUUAACUUUAUUACUGGUGGUGCACAUAAAGGUAACAGUAAUAAAACCAAUUGCAUUUCAGUUAAAUUUCUUGAAGUGACAGGAUACCUGUUUAAUGGUAUCUCCCUUUGUGCAAGGUGGUCCCUUAUUUUGAUGAUCUGAAUGUAUUGAAAYACUGAUGUUGUGACCAAAAAUUAGUAAAGCUAUAGCUCCUUAACAGCAGCGUGGCAUUAAAAAGCAGACAUUCUUUAUUUGGCCARAUGCAUGAGGGGGUAUCUCCUCUGAAGUACUGUGCAUGCUGAUUACAGAGAAGGAUGUUUAUAUGCUUUACAUACAUACUUACAUUGACCUUUCUGGAAUAAACAUACAUAUGAUAGUAAUUUCCCAAAAAUCAUUAACAUACGUUCUCUCCCCUUUGCACAUGCAUUCUUCUGUCCCAGGGGUCUCUUUGGUGCUCCCCGGUAGUCAGCCAUGCCAAAAUUUUACUUGACCACYUAGUAAACUGGUAAAAAGUUGGCAUAAUUGGGCCAAUUACUCUGCAAUUUUUCAUGUUCGUCAACGUGAUCCUAUGAACCAAACAUUGUGUGGUUCUAUAGGCUUGUAGUUUGUGAAGAAUAAUCGUAUUAACCCACGAGGUGCAACCAAUUCUUCAGCUGCCAACAAUGUUAAAAUGUAUGUUCACCACGGAUUGUUUCAGACCUCAAGAAAUGAUAUUUUAAAGUAUUCUCUGCAGCUAUCAAAUCUUAGCUAAUASCACAUUGCAACUGCUACAUUGAAGCUCUUGUGUUAUUUUUAAAGAMGUAUAAUGUAUUUUUUUAAAGAGGCAGUGGAAGUAAACAGUUCUGAAUUAUGCAUGUUCUCUUAAAUGGUUGUUU